GCGUGAAGGGGGGAAGUCAUCAUCACUCCUCACUUUUUUAGAUCUAGUCCGAUGUGAUCGGAUUAUCUUGUGGUGAAUUGCCACCCCUUCACUGGAAGGGCGCGGCGAUUGUGGAAAAUCAAAACCUUGUAAUGGCUUCUCGGGAACAACUGCCGAACGGUUGUUCGAUUCACCUCCUCACCCACCGAUCUGCUUAAGACGGCAUUUUUCGAAUAUUUGGAACAUCCCAUCUUCUUCCUCUCACCAACAUACAAUUACCCCAACGAGGCAACAUUUCUCGCCAUGGCGGAAUCACAGUCCAAAAUCAACCUCUACGCCCCCUUUGAGCGCGACACCAUCCUCGAGGUGCGCGCGAGCAAGAUGAAGAAAAUGAGGGGUCUCGACGUCAUGAGCGGAAUCGACAAGACUAUCAUCGACGGCCCCGUAUACGUCGGCCGCACUGGCUUGGAAGGCGAUGAGAGUGACCCGACCUUCCACGGCGGCAUUGACAAGGCCGUUCACGGCUAUUGUUCCUCCCACUAUCCAUCAUGGGCCUCCGAGCACCCCUCCGCCGCUGUGGCCUUCGUCCCCGGCGGCUUCGGCGAGAACCUCGUGACCGCUCACAUGAACGAGCGCAACGUCUGCAUCGGCGACACCAUGAUCGUCGGCAGCCCAUCCGCCCUGACCUCCAACCCGGAUUCCUGCCUCCUCCUCCAAGUCUCCCUCCCCCGCCAGCCUUGCUUCAAGCUCAACCACCGCUUCCAGCUGAAGAAGUUCGCCCCCUUAACCUGGAAGCAUUCGCGAACAGGCUGGUACUACCGCGUCUUGCGUCCCGGUUUCGUCCAAGCCGGGGACGAAAUCCGUCUCGUUUCCCGCCCACAUCCGGAAUGGACCAUCGAGCGAAUCCAAGAGUAUCUCCACCGCAACCAGGACGACGAGGCCAUGAACGCCGAACUGGCGCAAAUCGAAGAGCUCGGCGCAGAAAGUCGAGACGCAUUCAAAGCCCGCGUGGCCCGUUCGGCAGCCCAAAAGAAAAGAGCAGAAAAGCUCGCUCGAUGGCGCGACUUCCGCGUCGUCGAACGGCACACCGAAACCCCCCGAAUCGUCUCCUUCGUCCUCGAAGCCAUCGACCCCAUCGUUCCCCCUCCAGGAGACGAAAAGUCCAUCCUCCUUAAACCGGGCGCGCACGCCCGCGUCAAACUCGGCAACGACCUCGUGAGGGCUUACUCCAUCGUCGGCCCCCCCGACGACGCCUCCAUCAACCGCUUCCAGCUGGGCAUCGCGCUCGAGCCUCAAUCCCGCGGCGGCUCCGCCUUCCUGCAUUCCCAAGUCUUCAAGGGCCACGUCCUCCAAGUGUCCGCCAACUUCACCAACGCGGUGCCCAACGCCCCCGGAAUCAGCCACCACAUCUUCGUCGCCGGCGGGGUGGGCAUCACCGCUUUCCUGACCUCCCUCGAGUACUUACAGAGUAUCCACGUCUCGUGCGAGCUGCACUACGCCGUUCGUUCUUCCUCCUCCGAUGAUAUCCCCUUCCGCGACCGUCUCUCCCAACUAAACCCCGGCACUGUCAAGAUUUACGACAAAACCAAAGGCCAGCGUCUCAACAUCGAAGAUAUCGUCAAAAACAUACCGUGGAAUACAAUGCUUUACUUCUGCGGUCCUUCGUCUCUCGUGCUCGACGCUGCGACUCAAGUCAGGAAAUAUAACGUUCCAGAGGGGGAAGUCCAUUUUGAGGCGUUUGAAGCGGAUAUCAGUGGGGAUCCGUUUGAGGUGGUGGUUGCUAAUAGAAACGACAAAACGUUGCAAGUACAAGGGGAGGAGACGCUCUUGGAGGUUCUGCAAAAGGAGUUUGGGGAUGAAGAAGUGGGGGGGAGUUGUUGCGUGGGGAAUUGCGGGACGUGUAAGGUCAACCUAAAGGGGGGACGGGUGGAACAUAGGGGGACGGCGUUGACGGCUGAAGAGAAGGGGAGCGCGAUGUUGGCUUGUGUUAGUAGGGGGGUGGGGAGGAUUGUUAUUGAGAUUUGA